UAUCUUAAACUUAUGAAUUUCUAUGCUCUUGAUUUUGAAGAUUAAAAUGAUUAAGGUAUUUUUUAAUUUAAAAAUUAUAGCCUAAGACGCGGUGUAAGAAUAGAUUUAAAUUAUUUAAGAGCAAGAAUAUGGAUAUGAUUAAAGCUCCAACAUUGAAAUUGAUAAAAAUAAUACUUUUGAUGGCUACUUACAAGAAGAACCAGUUUUUUUGUUUAAUGUUGAGGAAGAAUCUCCUAAAAAGAAAUAAAAAUCAAUUUUUAAAAAAUCAAAAAAAAUAAGAAAAUCAGAUACCGAAACAGAUGUCUAAUCUUAAAAAAAAAUGCCAAAAUUUAAAAUGUCUAAUGAUUUUGCAAAACUAUAAUAAUGUCAAAUGUUAAAGACCAUUAUUUCCUAAAUGGAGACAAUUCUUUAAAAAACUCGAACAUAAAUUCUAAAUUAGAUAAUAAAAAAGUAGCAGAUCCAAUAAUGAC